AUGUUCAAUUUUGGCAGAGCCGCCUCCGCAUCUGCCGCUAAUACAUCUGGUAGUGGUGGCAUGUUUGGUCAGUCAUCGAACGCCGCUCCAGGCGGCGGUCUUUUUGGUAAUUCUAACAACACUCAGCAGCAAGGAAUAAGUGGCUUUGGCCAGAACAAUACUACACAAAGCUCAAGCGGUGGACUUUUUGGCCAGAAUAACCAACAGCAACAAACUGGAGGGUUAUUUGGCCAGAACAAACCAGCCACAGGCGGCUUGUUCGGCCAAAGCAAUCAACCUACGCAACAACAGGGCCAAACUGGCGGGGGGUUGUUUGGGCAGCCAAACCAACAGCAGCAGCAGCAGCAACAGCAGCCUGGUGGACUGUUCGGCCAAAACUCACAGCCUCAGCAGUCAGGCGGUGGUCUCUUUGGCCAGUCAGGUCAGCAGUCGCAACAAACUGGUGGUGGUCUCUUUGGCGGCUCCAGCUCGGCCACCACCGGGACGUCGAACGGGCUCUUUGGGCAAGCAGGCUCUUCGAAUACCUCUAACUUUGGAAGCAAUACCAACCCUACCCAGGGCAGAGGUGGCCUUUUUGGACAAAAUCAGAACACAUCCGCGGGCGCUUCGGGAGGGUUGUUUGGAAACAAACCAGCGGCACCAGGCGGGCUAUUUGGUAGCAACAAUGCGGGCUCAAACACCAACGGAGCUUCUUCAUUUGGCAACAACUCUGCAUCGAAUACGACGGGUGGUCUAUUUGGCAACAAGCCAGCCGGCUCUACAUCUCUCUUUGGGAACAACACGAACAACAAAACGGGGCUCUUUGGGAAUAACAACUCUACUAACCCUUCAGGGAGCUUAUUCGGAAACAAGCCUGCGACAUCAUCGCUCUUUGGCGGUAACAACAACGGGCCCUCAGGCUUGUUUGGAAACCAGCAACCUCAACCACAAUUGCAGUCCCAGCCUGCUCUACAAUCAUUGUCACAGCUACCACUGACGCCGAUGACUCGCGUCGUCGACCUGCCGCCGCAAAUCCGUCAAGAGAUUGAGCAGCUAGACCAAUACAUUCAAAGGCAAGUGGCAAUUUCACAACAUCUAAAAGCGGACACUGAAGAUCAUACAGGGCUUAUUCAGUCUAUUCCCCGUGACAUUAAAUAUCUGCAGACGACACACUCAUUGACUCAUCAGUCGCUGGCGCACGAUUUGCGCAAGAUUACGGGUAUUAAGGAGAUCACUGAUCAGAACAUAGCAGACUCACAAACAUUUUCAAUCAUUCUGCAACAGCUCAUAACGCCUGGUAACAAAAUAUCAUCGCUUGAGCUGGAUAAGUUUUUCCAGGAGAAAAUUCAACUAUACAAAUCGAGACUGGAUGAGUACUUUUAUGUCCUCUCCGACAUCGAAAGCGCAGUCCAUGGCAUUGAAAGGGAUAUGCUGGGUGUAACAUCUACGGACGGAAGCCAAGAUACUAGCAAAGACAAUACAAGCUGGAAAACAGGUAUCAACGCCAUUGUGUCCACCGUGCUGGAAGAAUUUGAGCUUUUCAUGGACAUGGCAGAAAGGAUAGCCGAACUGCAUCAAAAGGUGAAGGAGGUCACUGGCAAUUACAAGAACACCCUAAUAAAAGCCUAA